AUCAUCAUGAACUGUGAGGCUACAACCAGCAAUUACUUUCAUUAUCAAUAGGACCGACAGUUAUUUUAUUUAGCAAUCAGUUGAUUGUUCAGUGUAUAAAAUGUCAGAACAUGGUGAAAAAUGUCCAUGGUUUUUUCAUCUCUAGACUUCUGGUUUCUUUUUGAGUGCCUUGGGAAAUACUGAAACUGCCUUGGGUCAAUACAGGGGCCCAAAAACAAACUUUUGCCCCAGUGCCUGCUAGGCAUGUAAGGAUUAUGAGACAAUGGGCCCUUGGGCACAGGCAAGUUAAAUUUCACCCACCCCUCCAACACUGGAGCAAGACCGCCACACUGAAACUUGUUGUCAUUUCCUGUCUCUUGAAGUCGUUGUGUGACUUUUUGUGGUCAUUUUGAGUAUUUUGUGGUCAUUUUGAGUCUAUUUUUGGUCAAUUUGUGCUUCUUGUGUUGUGAGUUGUGGGUGUUUGCAGUAUCUGUGGGUAUUUAGAGAAUCUUUGAAGGUGAUUUGCAUCUCUUUGUAGUCAUUUUCAAUCUCUUUAUAUUUGUUUUGAGCAUUUGGUGGUCAUUUUGUGUCUCCUUGUAGGUGUUUGAUUCUCUUUGCGGUUAUUCUCAAUCUUUUUGAGAGUGUUUGUGCCUUUUUUUAAUCAUUUUGUGUCUCUUUGUAGUUGUUUUGAGUCUCUUUGUGGUCACUUUCGGUCUCUUUAUAGUGAGUAUAGCAUAAUUUUGUAGUCGCUCAAUUGACUUUCAAACAAGAGAUAUAAGUAUCUUCAAACAGAGGCUUGAAUAUAAGGGACCCCUGGCCACUUGGGCCCUUGGGCCUGUGUCUUUUUGGCUCAUUCAGUAAUCCAUUCAUGUCCUAAUCCGGGCAUGGUGUGGGUAGCAAAUAUGUUUGCUGUUUUUGCAUCUGAAGAAUAAAAUCGAUUUUUUUUUUUUUUUAGUAACUUAGUCUUUUGAUUUUAUUUUGAAAAUCGUAUCGCUCAACAUCCGGUGAUGGCGUCGUUUACUUGACCCCUCUCCACUUUAUCCUGUCCGUGAUCCGUGUCUCGGGAUCCACUGAGCAGCCUGGCCCGGGCCAACACGAAGCAAAGGCAGGGGGGGGGGUUCGGUCUGUCUUCCGUCGCUGUCAGACACCUUGAAACGAUCGUUUUCGUUAUCCAGACCUCCGGGUCAGCAUCAACAGCUCGGCCGUUAAAAUUCCCUUCACCAUGUCUGCUCGCUCCGAAUGAGACGUUUAAGACCGGCAGACAAACGGGCUUCAGGCUGGCGGUUAAGUGAGGAGUACCGCAGCCUUGCGUCAAAGCCAGCUAAAGCUAAACCGUGUUAGGACAAGUCAGCAAGAAAGACGGGUAACAGCCACGUUACCUCGGUAGCUAGCCAGCCAGCCAGCCAGCCAGCGGACAGGUUAUUUUUGGCACGGUUGCUGGCGUGCACAUGCUUCGCUUUAGUCGUGUGAGCUAGCCCAACAUCUGUCCGAAAUCUGUCGGCGUUGGCGGUUUCAUUAGAAAUAGAGUUAACAUUGCCACGGUAUCUGGACUUGGCAUUUCCACUAAAGAGCUACAUGAAGAAACCACACAUUUUCAAGCCAAAGUAAAGCUAGAAAUUGUCGGUUUAAUUGCGUAACAUCUUGUUGAAUUGAAGAGGGGCCCCAAUAGCUAACAUAUGAGGCCCAGCUGAAAAGAUGGACCUGAAUUUUUAUUCGGAUUUAACGGACGGUACCGGGCAGCACGACGGUGAUCCGGAGUUCUUGGAUCCACAGUCUUUCAAUGGAUUUGACUCUGACAACAAGUUCCCUGGAGGCAGUGACAACUACCUGACAAUUUCAGGGUCCGGUCAUCCCUUCCUCUCCUCUUCAGAGUGUGCCACUAAACCCAUUGACCUCUUCAACCUCGCUGGAUCUGCUGGUGGAACCUUCCACACUCCCAGCCUUGGCGAUGAGGAGUUUGAGAUCCCUCCCAUCUCUUUGGACCCAGACUCGACCCUCACAGUGUCAGAUGUGGUGUCCCAUUUCGGGGAACUGUCGGACACUGGUCCCUCCGACAGCGUGGUGGUACCCGGGAGCGCCGUGGUCGAAGGGGACGACCCCUCUUUUGCCUCCACUUUUGUGAACGCCCCCUCACAGGGACUGGAGCACCUCAGUCUGGGGGUCAUGAACCAGUCGGGAGGAAGUACUCUGCUGGGGUCGUCACUGGGAAUGGAUCUCGGCCAUCCCAUCGGUUCCCAGUUCAGCAGCUCGUCUCCAGUAACAAUCGAUGUCCCGCUAGGCGAUAUGAGCCAGGGCUUGCUGGGGUCCAACCAGCUGACCACUAUCGACCAGUCAGAGCUCAGUGCUCAGCUGGGGCUCGGAUUGGGGGGCGGCAACAUAUUACAACGGCCCCAGUCACCUGAACACCCUCUGUCGGCCACGGCGUCGCCCACCAGCUCACUCCAGGACGAUGACAUGGAUGAUUUUAGAAGGAGUGUCCUGGUUGAAUCUCCAGUCUCUCUGGCCGUCUCUCCCGGAGUCAUCUCCCUCGAUCCCUCUCUGUCCGAUUCCCCGCUCUCCGCCCCGACCUCCAGCGUCUCUCCAGCUGUUGGACGGAAAGGAGGAGCAGGAGGAGGGAAGAAGGGGAAGAAGAAGAAGGACCCCAACGAGCCUCAGAAACCCGUGUCGGCCUACGCGUUGUUCUUCAGGGACACACAGGCAGCUAUUAAGGGACAAAAUCCCAACGCUACGUUUGGAGAAGUUUCUAAGAUAGUGGCCUCCAUGUGGGACAGUCUGGGGGAAGAGCAGAAACAGGUUUACAAGAGGAAAAACGAAGCGGCAAAGAAGGAUUACUUGAAGGCACUGGCAGAGUACAGAGCUAGCCAGAUUUCUCAGGCUCCCAUUGAAGUCAUGGACACUUCCCCGUCGCCUCCACCUCCGGCCCCAGCUCCUGCGAUCACAGCCACGCCUUCCCCUUCCACCUCAGCCACUCGCGCCACCAGGUCCCAGCAUUACAAUCCAGAGGAGAACACCAUCACCAACAUCUGUACCUCCAACAUCAUCCUGGACCUGCCCCAGGUCACCACGCGCUCCCGCACCGGCGCCAUCAAACCCCAACCUCCGCCUGCCGCCACCGCCCCGAACCCCCCCACCGUCACAAAGAUCAUCAUCAAACAGACGCAGCUGCCCUCAGGUGGUGUAUCAGUCACGGCGACGCCGGCAUCUUCGUCGCGGCAGCCGCCUCCGCUGCAGCAGAUGCAGAGCACCCCUCCGCCACCUCGGCUGCAGCAGAUGGUACACGCCCAGGCUCCUCCGCCUCUGCAGGCCAAACCCCGAGGCGGAGGCGCAGCUGCCGCCACGGCUCCUCCUCCACUGCAGAUUAAGGUUGUCCCGUCAUCGCGCCAGUCGGAUUCAAGUACGCCGAUAAUUGUGACGUCGUCCGGUGAGACGCCUACGUCGGGGUCCUCUUCCUCUGCUCUGACGGUGGAGGUGGGACAGUCGGCUGCUGUGGUGACGGGCGGAGAGGAAGUGGCAGAGGCAGAAGAAGGGAUGGAAGUGGAGGUGACUGUCGCCCCCGGCCCGAGCGUGACCCCGGCCUCCAGUCCAAACAUCUGUGUGCGUGCCGGCUGCACCAACCCCGCCGUGGAGAGCAAAGACUGGGACAAGGAGUACUGUAGCAACGAGUGUGUGGCCACGCACUGCAGAGACGUGUUCAUGGCCUGGUGUGCGAUCCGAGGGCAGAACUCCACCACCGUCACAUAGGGAAGGGACACGUCUGACAGGAGGAGUGCUACACGGAGAGAAAAGGACAAAGAUAACACAUGAAAUGCAAAUGAAGAGAGGAAGGAAUGAAUGAAUGAAUGGAUGGAUGGAUAAAAGCCAGACUGGGCUCAGGUAUCGGCACAUACUGGUUUGUUUCAUGUCUUGUCAGAUGGGCAGACAGUCAAAAGGAGAGUAUUUAAAAGCGCUAUAAUGUACUUUCCCGUGGCUCUGUCAUCCUGCACAGGAAAAAAAAAAAUUAUUUGCAAAUACUGCAGUGAGAAUGACAGCUCAUAACAACAUGAAUGGAUUAAUAAUAAUAAUAAUGAUAACACGGAAGAAAUCAGAGGAAGAAACUAAAGACUUGGUUCAGCUGCUCCAGACUUUCCUGUUGAUUAUUGUGAAUAUAAAAAAAUGGACUUGAUAAAAAGAAAAAAGAUAGAACAUUUUAUAUGUACUUAUGGUGUUUUUAAUUAUUUUGGAAAGAAAGAAAAAAAAAAGUGCAGGAAGGAAAUCAUGAUCUUGCAGAUGUAUUCAUUUCAACAAAACUCCACUUCAAACGUGUAUGCGCUUCCCUUUACUGUUACACUGAGGAUUGAUCAAUGUGAAUGAAAUCAGAGAGGUGAUUUUCUUUUUCUUUUUUUUAUUCUUCUUCUUCUUUUUUUUUUUUUUUUUUUUGAGUUCAUCAGUGCUGUGUGGGUGCUUCGGCGUAGACAGGCCAGUGGCUACUUUAGAGAUUUAGAUGACCAACAAGUGGGCAAAGCACAAACAGUCUUAAAGCUAAAUUGGAGUCGUACAAAAGGUUGAAAUGUUUAAGAAGCCAUUUUGAGAUGAGGUGGAAAUGAACCUGCCAAUAACCUAAUGCUGUUUGUCACCUUUAAAAGCCACUGUUUGGGAGGGGGGGGCGGGGGAAACCUACUAUAACUCAAAGGAUUUUACUUAAAACUUUGAAAACAGGUGCUAAGAUUCAGGAAAAAAAAAAUAGCUCUAAGGUUUUCUGUUCUCUUCUCCUGCUGAAAUACCUGGUGACAUAAGAGCUUUUUAGAAAUGUGGUGCGUAUUUUGUUUUACGAGGAACAUUUGUGGUGAAAAUUUGUUUGAGGAAAGAAAAAAAAAAACACAAUAUUGGAAUGAAAUAAACACACCAGCUCUGACAACACUAUUUACUGUAAGGGGAAAGGGAAUACAGUAUAAAAAAGCUUUAAUUUUUAACGUGACAGUGUUUCAUUUAAGGAAUUGCUUUCAGGUCUGUUAAAUAAUCAAAGAAGGGAGAGUUAAUUAAAAAAAAAAAAAAAAAAAACUGUUCCCAAUCAGAUGAAAUGAUGCAGUGAUCGGUCUGGUUUAUUGUAGAUAUCCUGGAAAUGUUUUUAACGGUGAAAUAAAAUAUUUUAUGUUUUAAUAUA